AUGGCUCUAUUAAAACGUCCCUUAACCAAGGAAACGGCAACAAUUUUCGAAAAUAACAACGCCAACAAAGUUGACACAGAAUACGAAACAGCUGCUAAACGUAAAAAACGCUCAUCACGUGACGAUGACGCCAACAAUAACAACACCAACAACAAUAAAGUGGAUGAACGUUUUCCAUUGCCUCAAAAGAAACGUAGCCUUGAUUCAAUGGGAAAAUCCACAAAUGAGGAUGAAGAUGAUGAAACUUUAAUUCGAGAAACUCAAGCAGCUCUGAAAAGUCUAUCUGGUAGUUGGCCAGAAGUACGAUAUAACCCCUAUCGCUUGAACGAACAUGAUGAACAACCUCCGGCAUUUCAAAAUCUCUUCGAGGAAAAACAAAAGUAUGAAGCUAAACAUUACAGCAUUCCAAGUUCUCAGGAUGUUACUUAUAACCACUUUGAAUUCUCUCGCCUCCACAGACAAAAGGAGAAUGAUCAGGCUCGAUUGAAUACACAAAAUCAGGAACAGGAUAUUUCGUCGAAUGGCUACGAUGAUCGUAAGAAGGGUGCAUUUUCGCAGGCCUCUGCAUUUAAGCCGCCGCAGGAUAUAAAACGUAAUGGUUAUGCUAGUCUCAGUACCUAUACCUCGUCAUAUCCAAGUACAGAUGUCACAUCGUCUUCGUAUAUGGGUUAUCAUUCACACAGUACAGCUUCGAUCUUAUCAAACCGUCCCAUGGAACGCAUUUCGCCCGUCGAACCAGUUAAAGUUGAAACGGAAAUGCCACCAAAAUCCGCUGAUGAGGCCACAAAGCAAUAUACAAUUCUACAACCAGCUGGUCAAGGUAGUCGUGCUGCUUCGGUAAUGCAAGAUAUUCAUAGAGAUGUGCCGGUAUCGGCAUCUAUGGUAACUGGCAGUAAUGAAUCGCAUAUGCCAUCGAGUAGCAGUGUGAUUAAUCAGCCCACCUAUUCACCGAGCAGUUUAAAUCGUGAUUUAGUAUUGGCUUUACACGAACAAAUUAUAAAAUGUCCCACUCCCGGAUGUAAUGGUCGUGGCCAUGUCCAACCUCAUCGCAGUGUUCAUCGCAGUUUAUCCGGUUGUCCGCAAGCUGCAAAAAGUUUAGCCAGAAAACAAUUGAAAUUGCUGUUCAAUAGCGGGGAUGUAACUGAACCUCAGUGCAUUGAUUCUAAUUUGAAUAAAGAUUCUUCGAUCCAAUAUUUGAGUAACAGUACAAGUUGUAACGGAAACAGCAGUCCAUCCCAGGAUACCAGCAGCUGCAGCAAUAACAACAACUUUAGUAGCGGCAACAAUAUGCCCAUCAUUAAGUCCGAGUUCAGUCCAGUGCCAAAUAUUAAAUCCGAAUACAAUAAAAGUCCAAUGCAUUCGUAUCUAUCGAACGACAACACAAAUGCCUCGGGGCGUGCAAACUCCAACAGCACAAGUUCCUCGGUGUCAGCUGCCAAUGGCAGCAGUAAUGGCCAAAGUGGUGCUGGCAAUAACACAACAAGCGGAACACUUCAGCAGCAGCAACAACAACAACAGCAGUCACACAACGAUAUGAAUCGUUUCGUGGGCAUGCAGUCACAUGCCAUUGGCGAUCAACAAAGUCCUCACAACAGCCAAACAAUGCACCAGCAACGUGGUCCAUUCAUUGAGGGUUCUUCCGGUCUGAUGAUGUCUGCGGGCAAUACAACGGCAAGUGGAGAUGGCGUGAGUGAGUCCUAUCACAAUGACCACCAUUCACAGCAAGCCAAUGCACAACAGCAGGCCGACCCUCAACAACAACAACAACAGCAGCAGCAACAACACCAACAACAGCAGUAUGAGCAUAUGCGUUAUGGCCAUCACGUUUCGAAUGGUAGCGAAAGCCUGAGCAAACCACCGUCGGCAUAUGGCGCCAGUGAUAUGUUGUCCAACGGCAAUAGUGGCAACAUCUCUCCCAGUUCACGUAGCUAUGAUCCCAAUCCUCCAACAUCGAUAUCGUCCAGUGUGUCUUCGUCCUAUGUGGAUUCGUCAACACCCUCCGGAGGUGUCAGCGGCUUGAGCACCGCAUUCGAACGUUAUGACCCCAACUGCGGUGGUCAAAGGCCUGCCAACAUGUAUCCAUAUCUCUCACAGUCGGCUGAUGACAUCCACUCUCAGCAACAGAAGUACUUGCAAGACCAACAGCUGCUAAUGGCCAAGGUGGAGCACGAUGAGAUGACAAACGGUGGUCCUAUUUAUCCUCGGCCCAUGUACCAUUAUGAUCCCAGCAUGGGCCCCUUGCCACCCGGGUUUUCGGCCAUAAAUUUGUCCGUGAAGAUGGCUGCUGCUCAGGCAGCUGCUGCAGCGGCGGCAUAUCAAAACCAACAAACCCAGCAGCAACCGUCGCAGACAUCCGCUCAGCAGUCGCAACAUCCUCAACAGAGUCAGCAACAACAGCAGCAACCCAAGCAAAGUGGUUCACCAUCACCUUCCGCAGCGCCAGUGGUAGAUCUAUCAGGAUCCACGUCGGUGACAUCGUCCAGUCCUCAGGGUUUCAAUUCGCCAGCUUCUCACAACCAGUAUAGCCAGAGAAUAGGUGCAGGUAGUCCCCAGCCUGGAGCCAGUCCGAAUGUAGCCAGUCCCCAAGUGCCAAGUCCACAGGGUCAAACUUUGGAUCUGACAGUCAGUCGAUUGCCGCACAGUAUCAUCACCAGUCCCCAGUAUGGAGCCCAUCCCGAUGGAGUUGUGGUAGGUGCCCAUCCCCAAGGAUUUGGUCCCGGAUUGCCGACAUCGGCAGCAAAUGGUACGCCUCGAUCUCCUCACAUGGAACCUGUUGAUUUUAGUGGUCCUACUCGUCCUUUAGGCUUUGGUCUCGUUGGUCAUAUUGGUGGUCCCCGGCCCUAUAGUCGUGAAUCAACCCCGGACAGUGGUGGCUCUCAUUACAUUGACAGUUAUCGGGAUCCCAGUGGUUAUUCUCCCCAUCCUGGCUAUGGUAUGGUUGUACAGUCCGAUUAUCCCCCAGCUGGCUAUCAUGGUUAUGGUGCAGCCGCCGCAUAUCAAUGUAGCAAUCCUUAUGCCACUGCUGUUGGUCCAGGCGGAUAUCCGACUCCAGUAUCGGGUGGUUAUUCGACAAGUCCAGCAUCCUGCUAUUCCAUGCCACCGCCCCAGCAUAUACCACAACAUGAUAAGUCAAAGGAUAGUUUGACGGGUUGUCCACGGACGGAUCGCAAUCAUUUGCAACCCCAUUCACAAGAACUGAAAUGCCCAACGCCCGGCUGUGAUGGCUCUGGCCAUGUAACUGGUAAUUAUUCUUCGCAUCGUAGUUUGUCUGGUUGUCCCAGAGCCAAUAAGCCAAAGAGUAAACCACGCGAUGGUCAGGACUCGGAACCAUUGAGGUGUCCCAUACCAGGUUGUGAUGGAUCUGGUCAUUCUACUGGUAAAUUUUUAUCCCACAGAAGUGCAUCUGGCUGUCCCAUUGCCAAUCGCAAUAAAAUGCGUGUCCUUGAAGCUGGAGGCACUGUUGAACAACACAAAGCCGCUGUGGCUGCGGCAACUGCCAUGAAGUUUGAUGGAUGUGGAUCAGCAUCACAAGCUAUCAAAAAGCCCAAAUUCGAUGAGGUUACAAUGGUGUAUCCCAAAGGCUAUACAGGUAUGGACAUGAUGAUGAAUGCAGUGGGUGGUGGCUCAUCGGUCUCAGUGUCUGCCGCAGCCGCAGCAGCUGCUGUCUCAGCAUCCGCUUCAGCCUCCUCAUCGUCAUCGAAUAUUCCGCUGGGCAAUGGCAAUAGCUCGUCCAGCAUUUCUAGCAGUGUGGCGGCUGGUAUGCUGCCCGAUAGCCUGUCGCAGUCGGUCAGUGCCGCCGCAUCUUCAUCGUCAUCAUCCUCCGCCACAGCAGGUAUACAUUCCAAUACAACUGGUAAUGAAACAAAUGAGGAUCUUAAUACUUUAGAGGCUGAAAUCACAGAACUGCAGCGUGAAAACGCCCGUGUCGAGUCUCAGAUGAUGCGUCUCAAGUCGGACAUAAAUGCCAUGGAGUCACAAUUGAACACCAGCGAUAGGGAGACUUCUCCGCUGAGUGCUCAUCAACAGCGUUCUCUCGCUUCGGUGACUAGCACUGCUGGAGGAACAGCAGCUCUUGCUGCAGUCUCCUCCAGCGGAACGACCAGUUCCAUUGCGGACUCCACCAACAGCGGCAGCAACGCUAACAGCAACACCAACAGCCUCGCGAACUCCUUCGCCAGUAUCAACAAUGCAGGAGGAAAUGCUAGUUCCUCUUCGGUAAAUUCCAGCUACGAUUCAUCAACAACUGGUGCUUCAUCAUCCUCUUCUUCAUCCAAUGUGAAUAAUUAUUACGAAAGUUUGCGCAAUAAUGUAAUUACACUUCUAGAACAUGUACGAAUACCACCAGCUGGUCAUGGCACCGGUACACCAUCAGGUAGUUCAUUGACAACCACCUCGAGCGUACCCGGUGUUUCGAAUCAACAUUCAGCCUAUGCAACACAUCCAACACUAAUACCACCCGGUCCCUUGCCCAGUACUUCCAUAUCGGCAAGUAGUGCUGUAUCCAUGUAUGGCAGUUCUAUGCAUCCGUUAACCUCAUCACAUCCUGGUGGAAUGCAUCCGCCGCCACCACCUCCUCCAACGCAUACAUCAUCAGCAGCUCAUCAUCCCUACACCGUACAUCAUCCUGCCGGUUAUCCUCAUCCAGAACCAUUCGAUUCAUAUAUCUCUAAAUUGCAAUCGCUGUGCGUGCCACCCGAUGUCUAUGCUUUGCCCGAAGAUACCGGCAGACCAGUAUACGAUUCUGUAAAAUCCAGUUUACAUCAGGACUAUACAGUUAUGCCCACACCCAUAUAA